UUGCGCUAGACGUCGCUAGUACGAGUCGAUGCGCACCACCGUUGGAUGUUCAAUCAGACGGUGCUGGCAUUCUGUUGGAUAAACACGGGUGGCAGCAGAAAACCGUACAAAGUGAUGGAAUCGGGAAGCUUGAAAGUGCUUCGGUAGGAGUGAUCGGGACCAGAAGACCAUAGCACACUGAGGGGUAAAUGUGGCAUCGGGCACUUGGUUUCACCGAAAAUGGCUUGGAGACGAUAAGAUUUUUCUGAGCGAGUCCUUCAGCUGGCCAAAUAUCCUGGCUACGGAUAUGGCUCACCCCUCCGUGGCUGAAGGCAACCAUGCCAUUAACUUCCUUCAUGGCCAUUGAUAAAGCCGGCUCACUCUUGCAAGGGUUAACCUCUUGUCCACUGUUGGCCACUACAUGACGAUUCUUGUGACAUCACUGCAUAACCUCUCGUCAAAUCUGAAGCUUUAUUUCCUAAGUGCAGCUGAACAUUUCAAACAUUUUCGACAAGUUUCUUCACACAGAGGGAACAGACAGAUGUCUUGCGGUGUUACUGAGAGAGUAAACGAGAACAGACCAGGUUCUGGAGGAAUACAAGCUCCUGGGACUGGGGGGACCUCGGGACCCCUGAACUUCAGACUGCGUGGUGCAGCCAAUUCUGGUGGCCAUACUCCAACAAACUCGCGGAACCAACGGGCAACAAUGCGAAGACCACUAUGCUGGAUUUUGUACUGUUGCAGUUGCAGCUGUUGUUGUUCCACGCCUGGCAAGGGUAACGACGACAAUGGACCAACCAGAAAUUCAAACAAUUCAGAUCUUUUAAAUUACGAAUGUGAACAACCGCACAACAUGGAGGAGAUAAGAAGUUGGGGGCAUUCAUUCGACAAACUCAUGCGAAGUACAGCUGGAAGGAAGCUGUUCAGAGAUUUCCUAAGAAUGGAAUAUUCGGAGGAGAACAUUCUUUUUUGGUUGGCUUGCGAAGAACUGAAGAAAGAAGAAAAUCCGGAAGUAGUUGAGGAAAUGGCGCGAAUCAUCUACGAAGAUUAUAUAUCCAUACUGUCUCCAAAAGAGGUGUCCCUAGAUGCUCAAGUACGAGAAAUAGUGAAUCGCAACAUGGUAAAACCGACGCCGCACACAUUUGAUGAAGCACAGCUGCAGAUAUACACAUUAAUGCAUAGAGACAGUUAUCCAAGAUUCGUCUGCUCAGCAUUGUAUAGGUCCCUGGUACGUCAUUUACCCCCGGAGGAGUCAGUUGAAGACGCAAUACCCCCAGAUUAGGAAACAUAGCUACAUGCCAGUCGAAAUUUUGGGUAACCCCCAUGAGAAACGACAAUAACUGAGAGGGGGUCAGAUUGAGCCCCCUUCGCACAAGUUUCUGCCUAAAGGCAUAAGUGCAUCGAAGAUCUGACCUAAUUUUUAAACAUAUAAGGCCACCAGAACCUCCCUACCAGUGUACUUAUUGGUGCAAUAUAUACAUAUAUCUAUUGAAUUCUCGUUUUUUAUGUGUAAAUAUGAAUAAUUCAUCGCGAGGUCCGAAUUAGGUCUGCUGAUCUGACGCGAAUUCUUCCGAAAGAUCUCGUAUGGAGCCCCUCGACCACUUACAACUAAUCACCUCAAAUAUUCGUAGUGUUUUCAGUGCUAAGAUAGGACGUUCUUAUGUGUUCCUUGGAAGUUUUCAUUUCCGAGUGCUGGCGGUCCCAGAAAACUUCUUAAACACCCGAAAAUGAGAGAUCGACAACAAAGCGAUUCAUUCGAGGCUGCAAUUUCAUUCUCAAUACAUCCAAAAUUUUCAGUAUUAGAAUAACUUCAUCGAGAGACAAUCACUACCAAUUAUUUUUAAUUAUUUCGUGGGUCUUCCUUUGUCAUAUCCGUUGGGUAUUCCGUAUAUGGUAAUAAAAACAUUAACUCGAUUGUAACAAGGGCGUAGAAAUAGGGGGUACUGGAGAUAAUUACCUCCCCCCCAAGAUUUUCAAAAUAUAAAAUUUCAGAAAACUCGCAAAGACGAAGAACGAGAAUUUCUCCAUAAAACGGACCAAUAAUAAUCAUUUUACUUUCCUUUGAAAUCGACACGUCAGUAAAAAAUCGGACCCCUUUACGAUUUAUGAGUUAAUUAUCGCUUUCAAGAUGCGUACUUUUAUUGCACUACAAGCUCGUCUUUGUCCGAGGUUCAUUAUUUUCCUUUAUCUAUCCGCUUUCUCGGCAUCUCCCCUUAUUUGCCAUCUGUGAUUUUUGCAUUCUGCAUCGCUAUACACUUACCCAUUGUUUUCGGUUUUUUGUAUCAUUCUCGUCACGAAAUUUCAAUAUGUAGUUACCAAAGAACUGAAUUUGAGUAAUUCGCAUCGAAAAAUUGUCUGGGCUGUGUUGUUCAAUUUAUUGUGUUUCAUUCAAAUUGCAAUUCAUUUGUGAAGACAUCAGUUUUGAAUUGACUAUAUCUACAGGGUGUUCGUAAAUGGGAGGUACAAAUGAAAAUGGCACAUUUCUCGGAUCAUUUCAAGAAAAAAAGUCCCAUAACAUGAGUCCACAAACGCUUUGUUUUUGAGAUACAGAUGUUAAAGUUUCAGUUUUUCUCUCAUAACACCUUCCCUUCACAAGAUAUUCAACUUGAAUUGGCAUAGAUAUUUCAAUUUAAAGUUUUCAUCAUGUGAUAUCCUUAUUUUGAAUGCAAAUCUACAGAUUCGAUAAAUUGAUUAGGCAUCACGAAAAUUAGGACUACAAGACACCGUGUAUCUCAAAAACAAAGCAUUUGCGGGCUAAUGUUUAUGGGCCAUUUUAUUCUUAAAAUUAUCCAAGGAAUCUCUCAUUUUCCUUCGUAACUCCAAUUCAGAAACACCCAGUAUAAGAUGAGAACAAUCGAAUUGGUAAUAAAAAAAAUUAUUUCGAAUAAUUUGGUUCAAACUUAGUUAUCAAACCUCUUUUUCUCACAUUAUAGAUUUGAGUAAACAAUGUCGUCAAAAAAUUUUUUUCGAUUACCCCCCCUCCUAAGAAAAAAUAAAGAUCUACGCCCUUGGAUUGUAAUGCAUUUAUUUCAAAAAUUAUUGAAAAAAAACACACACAGAGUGAAAGCCUAUAGUUCUAUUUUUCCACAGCUUUGUAGAUUGGAGUUGGAUAUUUUGUGAGGGAGUAGAUGACUUGAAUUUCGUAAACCCCAUCAAAAAUAAUUGAGCUGUAGGCGAAAACUUUAUCAAAUUAUAGCGUACAAAAAAAAAACUAAUUAUACUUAUAAUCUAAGCCAAGUUAUAUGAGUGCAAAAUUAGAUUGUCGAGAUAGUUCUCAAAAGUAGUUUGCGAAUAUUACAAUAUUUGCUUUAUAUUCUUGAAAGCUAUCUUCUAUAUUUUCAUUGAAAUAUAGAUACUCCUUAGACCAAUUUGAAUUGUUCCAUACGAUUAGAAAAAUUGCCUGUGAGGAUAUCUUUAGGAUUAUUCUAGAAGUGAUUCAGAAUCCUAAAAAUUAAAGAAGAGUAACAAAAUAAAUUGAAAAUGAUGAAUUGGAGUAAGUUAUAAAAUUCGUUCAAGAAUUUUUUUUAAUUUUUGUGAUUCUGAAGUAUAUAACUGGUGUGUAUGAGAAAAUUAUUGUUCCAAUCCUUACCUGACGGAAUUUGUAAAAUAUCUACAAAAAGCAGGACUGGAGACUUAAUUGUUUCAAUAACAAUAAAAUAGGAUAAGUUAAUAUAAUAAGAGUCAUACUUUAUUUUCAGUAAAUUUUUCAACAUGCAAUAUAAAAACGUUAAUUUUAUACGCCAUAGUGAUCUCCAGCUCUGCUUCUUUCUUCUGGAGUAAAAUUAUUCACAGUGGUCCAAAUAUCACGUACAUUAGUGGCUGGUGUGGAUAUGAGGGGCUCAUUUUAAUCGAAUCAUCAGGCAAUAGUAAGUGCGCGUGUGCCGCCAUAGAGACUCUAAAACUAACUCCCUUCGCUCACUCCUCAAAAAUAUUAGUGUUGUGUAAAUUAUCGAACUCACUGUUCAUCUCACUUUUAGGACACUUUAGGUUAGGUAAAGCGCAUGCGGAUUAAAUAUAAAAAUUGUGUUCUUUGACUGCCCGCAUGCUUGUUAACAGCCAACUUCGAAAUUAUAUAAAAGAUGUGAUAUACGUAGUAGCGUAGUUUCCGCUCUUGGCGGCAAGCCCCUCAUCAAAAAUGUUUGCACCACACCGUAUACCCCAAAAUAUAUAGUUCACAAAUAAUCGACACCGUGGAUUUAUAUGGGUUAAUAUUUAAAUAAACGUUUGUUGUCUCCAUUUAUAA